AACUGCCUGAUCCAUUUUUCCUGCAAUCUUUCCCAUCCCAGGUCUUGAGAAGCCCUCUCUGUUUUCUUUUUCUUAAUUAAAAACUGACCUGGAUUAGAAGGAAGGGCAGGCCGCGCCAAACAAGAGAAGCGGCAGCAGGGGCAUUUGCCACCUCGUCCGCAGUGUCCUUCGUUUCCACCUCCACACCCUGUGGACGAGUCCAGCGGGCGGCAAGUUCAAGCAAGAUAUUUGCCGACUGCAACGGCUGUGAGAUGACAGUCCGGAGCAGUGGGGCUCCAUGGGAAGAGAGGGGAGAAAACCCACAAUAAUUUUCAAUAGGCGCCAUGAACAUCUCAUGCCACCCUUUGCCUGUCAACGUCACCAAGUACUUUCAAAUCCCCAUCUAUUCUGUGGUGUUGGUGGUCGGGCUGCCUCUCAACAGCUUGGCGCUUUGGGCCCUGAGUCACCAGAUGAAGAGAUCCGUCAUCCUCUCCGUUUACAUCGCAAACCUGAUGCUGGCCAACAUCUUGCAGACCCUGACGCUCCCUUUAUGGAUGUACUACAGUUACCACGAUCACAAAACCAGCCUCGGGAAGGAGUUGUGCGCAGCGGCCGGCCUGGCGUUCCGCACCAACUUCUACGCCAAAAACAACUUCUUGUGCCUCAUCGCCAUGGAGCGCUAUUUCGGCCUGGUCCACCCGCUCAGAUUCCACAGGCUGCAGACCAUGCGUGGCGCCGCCAAAGUGAGCGCCGUUUGUUGGCUCCUGGUGGCGGCUUUCUGCGCCGUCGGCAUCGGGAUACAGAUCAGAGGUCAGCGGCCAGAGGAGGAGCAGCCGCAGGAGCGCUGCCUGGAUGGCUCCAGGCUGAACUAUCAAUACGCCCAGUUUAGGGUGAGCAUCACCACCUUCUCUUUCUUUAUACCAUUCCUGCUCAUGGGGUUCUUCUACUUCAGGGUCCUGUUCGAACUCAGGAAAGUGGCCUCUCUGGGGCAGAAAACAAAAAGGCAGAUCUACGGCUUCAUCUCUCUCACGGUCGUCACCUUUUUCGUCCUCUUCACUCCUCACCAGGUGACUACGUAUUACAGGUAUUUGUGGGAAGUGAUGCUGCACGGGAGGGCAGUUGAAAGCUGUGACUUGGUGAGGAAGGUCUUCAUCUACCAACGUACAACUUUGUUCUUUACCACCUUGGGCAACAUCUUUGACCCUCUUUUGUACAUCCUGCUCCUCAAGGAUAUUCGGGCGGAGUUCAGAUACACCUUCACUUUCAAGGCUCGCAGGGCAGGAGUCUCAAAUAAGUCAGAAGAACAGCAAGGUUUUCCUCCGUGCUUUACCACCGGUAGACAGAUGCAAAGCCAGCUUGGGGCACAGGACGUACCCCGACUAACGCUCCACGUGCAAAGUAUGAUGGCUGAAAGCAGGAGCGAGGAACCUGUGUCACUCUCCAAAGGCUGCUGA